CUCACACUACGGCCGGACUUGCCAAAUUCAGUGGAAGCCUAAGAUUUUUCAGAGCAACUUACUCUGUUUUCAUUAGUUGCAGAAAGUAAAGGGAGAAAAGGAAGACUUCCAAUCCGAUUCGGUGGACAGUUGCAUCGAAACCUGAUUGAUGUCGAGACGAGAACUCUAGAUAUUUUCUGCAACACUAAUUUGUCACGUUAAUCUCAGCCUUCCAGAUGCAACCGCUUCAGAUUCAGCUGCACUUCACCUUUAUCUGUGGCUCUAAUCGCCACAGGCAGUUAGUUUUUUGGCUUCCUCAACCCAGCCCUAGGAACGGCGAGCAUGCAAACAUAGCAACGCGCCUAAUGACAAUCGUCGGAAGCUGGUCCUGUUUGUAGAACUUGUAUUCUUUCGUGUGAUCGUGCUGGGUCUCUGUAAACAUGUUUCCACAAUUACUUCACUAAGAGCACAAAUGCGAGCGUUCGGUGGAUUAGCUGAUGGUGGUUGCUCCUUGGUUGGGAAUCUUGGGUUUGGUAGUUUCCCCCCUAACCUGAGCGGUUAGAAGUGUGGAUUUUAUUUAGAAGGUUGGAGAAUCGGCAUUGGAGAGUAACGAAUAAGCAAAAUCGGACGUAAGUCUAGGUUGAUUCAGGUUGCGCUUCAGGUUGAGCCACAUUUUUUGCGAACUAUGGUCUAUAUUGUCAAACAUCUAGCAGCCUGAGUCUAGAUCAGUGUACACCUUCUAUUUCAGCUUGAACUCUUAAGCUUCCUCAGCCUUGGAACUCAAUUUUGCUUUCUAGUGCUUUUCCCUGCCCGGAUGCUUCAAGAAACUAGCUGAAUCUGUUUCAACAAUCCCACGCCGAACCAAUUCCUUUGGCAUUAAAUCCUGUUGUAGCGUUUGCAGGGAAAAUUUGCAAGUUAAAUUUGCUGACAUAACCGGAAAUAUAGAUAUGGCAGCUUGUCAAGGCACUCGGUCUCUGCCGUCCGUGUCCCUGACGCCUGCGUUAGCAUCGGAGCAUAGCAAUAGGAGCAAAUCUUGGCUUUGCACGCAUGUUGGAUUGCCUUCCCGAUUCAAAUCCCAGGGUGUUCGCCAUUUAUUCGGUAUCAAGGAUGAACCACUGUGUAGGAAAUCUGUGGAAACUCGCGCCAGGUUGGGUGGAGACGGUGAUGUGGACCUCAACGGAGAGGCCAUUGCCGAGGACUUCUAUUCCGUGCUUGGCUUAACGCCCGACGCCACACAGGAGGAGAUCAAGAAGGCGUAUUAUUCUUGCAUGAAGGCGUGCCACCCAGAUCUCAGCGGCAAUAGUCCGGAUUCCACUGAUUUCUGUAUGUUAGUAAAUGAAAUUUACGAGGUGCUCAGCGAUCCAGACCAGCGGAUGGUUUAUGACGAAAUUAAUGGGUACACAUUGACAUUUGUAAAUCCUUUUUUGAACCCCAAGCAAGAACGUGACCACACGUUUGUUGACGAGUUUAGUUGCAUUGGUUGUAAGAACUGUGGUAAUGUGGCGCCUGGCACUUUUGAAAUUGAGGAAGAAUAUGGCAGAGCAAGGGUGCGCUGCCAAUCAGGAAAUCCUCGAUUGACACAAGAAGCUAUCGAAACAUGCCCUGUUGAUUGCAUCCACUGGGUGACAGCUGCUCAGUUGACGCUUCUUGAGGAUGAGAUGAGGAGGAUUGAGCGUGUCAAUGUAGGUAUGAUGCUGGCAGGCAUGGGCUCCCAGUCACCGGACGUCUUUGCUCAGGCAAGUUGGAGAUGGGAGAAGCGGCAAGCGAAGGCAUUGGAACGCGCUCGGAUUCGAAUGAUGAAGGAGAAUGGUAAAGACGCCCCUGGAGCAUGGUGGCAAGGGUGGACUAAUCCUGGAGGCGAUGGUGAUUUUAAACCAGAUGACAUGGGAGCUCGAGAGCGGGCAGCGAAAACUGCAGCAGCAUCCCGGCGCUGGCGAGAGUACUCCAGGCAGAACGCGGGCCGCAGGUCUGUCUACUCGUUGCCCCCGAAAUCAGGAGCUCGGGAUGAGAGCGAAUCUGAGGUAGCAGUGAAGUAGUUUGCAAUUGGGUGUGUGCAAUUCAGGCAUCUCCAUCCUGCCCCGACUCUCCAUAACGACACCAGUUUCUCGGUCUUUCAAACCCCGCUCGGCACCCUUAGAUUUAGGGUUUCAUCUACCAUGGCUAGUACCAGAAUUAGGCUUGGAUUAGGAUUUCAUGUUCUUCCACCUCCCGUGUCUGUGUACUUGAGCUUCCUCAGACUGAGUGUUGGUUGGAGUGGCGGAGAAGACCCAAAUAUCUGAAGGCUAUUUCCAAUGGGUGUCUUUCAUGAGGUGGGCUCAACGUGAAUUCCCCUUCCCCAUAGUAAGAGAUUCAUUGCUAGUCUCAAUGGGUAUCUCCAUCCCAAAGAAAUUAUUGUAACUUGUAAAUGCAAUUGUCUGUACAUGCUAAAAUCUUCAUUAGAUAUUAAUUUCUGAGAGUAGAUUCCAACCACAUGAUGCCUAGUGCUUUCUUUGGAAUAAACAUGAUUUUUUUUUUUCUGGA